GCAUGCAUGCAAGCUCUUGAAACCCUCUCGAUCUCUCGCGUAUAGACGUCGACGAUCGAUCGGUCGAAUCGAUCGAGCUAGCUAGCUAGCACCAUGCAGCACAACCACGUCGCCGCAGCGCCGUCGCUGCGGCUGCUGCUCCAGCUGGCCGUCGCGUCCGCACUCGCCGCCGGCGCCCUCGCCGACGGGCCCCCGGGCUUCACCGUGACCGGCCGCGUCUACUGCGACAACUGCCGCGCCGGCUUCGAGACCAACGUCUCCCACAGCAUCAAAGGGGCGACGGUGCAGAUGGAGUGCAGGCACUUCGAGACGCAGGAGGUGAAGCACAGGGCGGAGGCGGCGGCGAACGAGUGGGGGUGGUACAAGAUGGAGGUCGGGGGGGAGCACGAGGCGGAGAUCUGCGAGGUGGCGCUGGUGCGGAGCCCGGAGGCGGAGUGCGCGGAGAUCGAGCGCUUCCGCGACCGCUCCCGCGUGCCGCUCACCCGCAACAACGGCAUCAAGCAGGACGGCUUCCGGUACGCCAACCCCAUCGCCUUCUUCCGCAAGGACCCGCUCCCCGCCUGCGGCGACAUCCUCCGCUCCUACGACCUCUACGACGACGACUCCGAGAACGGAGAUUAAUUCUUUCUUUCUUUCUUAAUUCUUAAUCAUUCUAGACAUUUGACGUUAUAAGAUUUUCCGUUCUUACCUAGAUUUCUAGAUUUAUACAUGUGCUAAUGAAUUCAGACACAUAUACAAU